GCUCGAACUUCCCGGGCUGGCAGCGCGGAGCCUGCCGGGAAGGCGCCGGGACAGUUACCCCGCCGACCUGCGGCCGCCGAAAGUGGGCUUGGACAUGGAGAGCACCGACUUGGGCAAUAAGGAGAGCGGGAAGAUAUGGCACCGCAAGCCAUCCCCAGGCACUCGGGACGGAAUUAUAGUCAACAUCAUUCAUAACACUUCUGAUUAUCAUCCAAAAGUUUUAAGAUUUUUGAAUGUGGCUUUUGACGGCUCAGGUGAUUGCUUGAUUGCUGGGGACCAUCAAGGAAAUAUCUAUGUUUUUGACUUGCAUGGAAACAGGUUUAAUCUUAUUCAGCGAACAGCACAAGCUUGCACGGCUCUGGCCUUUAAUCUUCAUAGGAAGUCUGAAUUCCUUGUGGCAUUAGCUGAUUAUUCUGUUAAAUGCUUUGAUACAGUCACCAAGGAGCUUGUUAGCUGGAUGAGAGGUCACGAAUCAUCAAUAUUUUCAAUCUCUGUGCAUGCAUCAGGGAGAUAUGCCAUCACCACUUCUUCUGAUACAGCACAACUGUGGGACUUGGAUACCUUUCAGAGAAAAAGAAAACUGAAUAUUCGCCAGUCUGUGGGUAUACAGAAGGUUUUCUUUCUUCCUUUAAGUAAUACCAUCCUCAGCUGUUUUAAAGAUAAUUCCAUCUUUGCCUGGGAAUGUGAUACUCUGUUUUGCAAAUAUCAAUUGCCAGCUCCACCUGAAAGCUCAAGUAUUUUGUACAAAGUGUUUGCUGUGACCAGAGAUGGUCGAAUCCUGGCUGCUGGAGGCAAAUCAAAUCACCUUCAUUUGUGGUGCUUGGAAGCUACACAGCUCUUCAGAAUUAUUCAGAUGCCUACCAAAGUUCGAGCCAUUCGACAUCUGGAAUUUCUUCCUGAUAGUUUUGAUGCUGGUUCUAAUCAGGUUCUUGGAGUGCUAAGUCAAGAUGGUAUUAUGAGGUUUAUUAAUAUACAGACUUGUAAACUUCUCUUUGAAAUUGGGAGCCUGGAUGAAGGAAUUAGCACAUCAGUAAUUAGCCCACAUGGACGAUACAUUGCAUCUGUUAUGGAGAAUGGAAGUCUGAACAUAUAUUCAGUUCAGGCUUUAACACAAGACAUAAAUAAGCCACCACCUCCUUUAGUGAAAGUAAUUGAAGAUUUGCCUAAGAAUAAGCUGAGUUCUAGUGGUCUUAAGAUGAUGGUUGCUUCAGGAAGAGUACAGAGGCCAGCAAAAUCCAGAGAGAGCAAAAUUCAGACUAGAAUAUUAAAACAAGACCUUACCAGUAAUUUUGAAAAUAAAGAGAAUGAAUUGUCAGAUGGAUUAAACAAAAAGCGUUUACAAAUCUUAUUAAAAGGCUAUGGUGAAUAUCCAACAAAAUACAGAAUGUUCAUUUGGCGCUCUCUACUACAACUGCCUGAAAAUCAUACCGCAUUUAGUAGCCUAAUAGAUAAAGGUACUCAUGUGGCAUUUCUUAACCUUCAGAAGAAAUACCCCAUCAAAAGUAGGAAACUACUCAGAGUAUUACAGAGAACCCUAUCUGCUUUAGCUCACUGGUCUGCCAUCUUUAGCGACACACCCUAUCUUCCACUUUUGGCAUUUCCAUUUGUAAAAUUAUUCCAGAACAACCAGCUUAUCUGUUUUGAAGUUGUUGCUACUCUCAUAAUCAAUUGGUGUCAACACUGGUUUGAAUACUUUCCUAAUCCUCCUAUCAAUAUUCUUAGUACAAUAGAAAACAUUUUAGCAUUUCAUGACAAGGAACUGCUACAACACUUCAUAGAUCAUGAUAUAACAUCUCAGCUGUAUGCUUGGCCUCUUCUUGAAACUGUGUUCUCAGAAGUACUGACGAGAGAGGAGUGGCUCAAAUUGUUUGACAAUGUCUUUUCCAACCAUCCCUCCUUCCUGCUGAUGACUGUGGUAGCCUACAACGUUUGCUCUAGAGCGCCUUUGCUCAACUGUACUCUUAAGGAUGAUUUUGAGUAUUUUUUUCACCAUCGGAAUAACUUGGAUAUAAAUGUUGUGAUUAGAGAAGUUUAUCAUCUCAUGGAGACCACGCCUGCUAACAUUCACCCAGACAGUAUGCUGAAUGUUUUUGUUGCACUGACAAAAGGACAAUAUCCAAUAUUUAAUCAAUAUCCAAAGUUUAUUGUGGACUAUCAGACACAGGAACGAGAAAGAAUAAGGAAUGAUGAAUUGGAUUACUUGAGAGAGAGGCAGACAGUUGAAGAUAUGCAUGCUGAAGUAGACCAGCAAAGAAUCAAAGAUGAAGCCUGGUACCAAAAACAAGAACUGCUUCGUAAAGCUGAAGAAACAAGAAGAGAAAUACUCUUACGAGAGGAGGAAAAGAUGCUGCAGCAAAGACAGAGACUAGCUGCUGUGAGAAGAGAGCUGAAGAUAAAGGAAUUACACUUACAAGAUGCUGCUCGAAGGCGUUUUCUGAAGCUUCAGCAAGAUCAACGGGAAAUGGAAUUGCGAAGACUGGAUGAUGAAAUUGAGAGAAAGGUACAAAUGAGAGAUCAAGAAAUUGCUUCCACAGCCAAAGACCUAGAAAUGAGACAGCUGGAACUUGAAUCACAAAAAAGACUUUAUGAGAAGAAUCUUACUAGAAAUCAAGAAGUUAUUGCAAAAGAAAUUCAAGAAGAUGCAGAUGCCUAUAGGCGAAAAGUGGAUCUUGAAGAACAUAUGUUUCACAAGCUGAUAGAAACUGACCAAACUCAGAGCAGAAAGACUCAGAAGAUAAUUGAAGAAAAUUUGGCAAAAGCUGAACAAGCAUGCUUAAAUACUGACUGGAAAAUUCAAACUUUACAUAGACAAAAAUGUAAUGAUCUACAACGAAAUGAAGGUUACCAAGAAGUAGCCAGCCUCCUUCGGAAAAACAGAAGGAAAGAAAUAGAGAUAUUAAAUGCAAUGUUGGAGGAGGAAGCUAAGAAGUGCAAGGAAGCUGAAGAAAAAGAGUUUCAUUUGAGAUGGCAAAAGAAAGCUUCUGCCCUUUCAGAUGAAUCUAGAAAGUGGUUUUUAAAGCAGGAGAUGAGUGCUGCCUUAGAACAUGCUGAAAAUCCACUUAAUAAAGCACAAGUGCUCCAGUUGCAAAAUGAACCGGUCGCCUCAAGCUCACAAUUAAACGACACUUCUGAAAUGGAUUCCUCAACACAGCUUUCUUUAAAUAGAAAAACAGCAGAAUGGGACAGCACGGAGCAGAAUCUCAUCAAGAAAGUAAGAAAUCUCCGCCAGAGGCUCACCGAGCAAGCUCGUGACAGAUGCCAGACCCCUCACCUCUUAGCUACGUAAAAGGCCUUCACCUCGAGAUAGUCAAAGGGAGAUACCUAUUUGCAAUCAAUGACACUGAUUUUUAUAUUGUUUAUUUUAAAUUCCUAUGGAGACCAUCCUUCUGUAUAGAAAAAAAUAUGUCCAUAAAAAUUAUGUUUUCUAUUUAAUUCUUAUAAAUGGCUUCUUGAACUUUUCACAAUAAAAAGAUUUUUGGAAACUCUUAAAGCUGUGUUAGACUUUCAGGUUGCAAAGAGCAGCUUCAGCAACUUUAGCAAUGAAGGUUUACUUUAAAGAUAAAUGGAGAAAUAAAGACCAAGAAACCAUCUAUCUCAGCAGCAGCUGGAGGCUCCAUCAGCAUGGACUCGGCGGAAUGACAGCCCUCCUGCCCCUGUGUUCCCCACAACAGAAUCCCCUCUGCCAGUGGCCCCACCGCAGCCACAGCCACAGCGUCUCAGGCCCUGCGUCUCUGGCCUCUGCCUGCUGCUCCGAGCAGUGCUGCCUGCUCUACCUCCCCACCCCUCUCGGCUCCACAGCAGGGCUGCCCAUGAUUUCACGAACAUUACUCUCCCCCGUUU